UCUCCGCUCGCCGGAACCAGGUACCAGCUCCCUGCGUAGGGAAGGGCCGAAGCGUUCCAGGGAGGGGAUGAAGGCAAAGGCACAGUAUAAGGCGGCCCUCAAGUUACAGAGCCGGCUCCAAGGCAAGGCGGAUAUCUCCCAAGAGGAGAAGUCCAAGCUAGCCUGGGCUGAGAAACGGGUACAGGAGGGCCGCGAAUACUACGCGCAGUUGCCGCAGAUGAAGGCAACAAACGGUGGAUUCGCCAACAAGGUGGAGGAGAUGUUGGCCACCAAGAGGCAACGCUCGAUCGAGAGUGCUGCCAAAGACACGCCGGCGAGCAAGCGGCAACGCGGGCCCAAGGUGGCCACCCCACAGCCAAAGACGAGGAAGCCUAGGCAGAAGGCCAUGAGCGAGGUGUCCAAGAGACACCUUAUUGUGGCCUUGAUUGACCGCAGUGACGAGAAUGGAAAGAUGACGGCGGUGCAGUGGAAGCUAGUCCACGCGCAGCUUGUCGAAUCGCUCUUCUCGCGAAUGGAGGAUGACCCCAGCGCUCCCAUGCCCACCUUCGAUGGAGCGGGAUGGCUGAACGGUGUCAAGAUCCUCAAAUGCAACGACGACCCCACUCGGCAGUGGCUGGUUCAGAAGGUGCCCCAAUUGGAAGCUCUGUGGGAGGGGGCCAAGUUGGAGGUGGUAAACAGGGAGCUGAUCCCAUCUGUUCCAAAGGCGAAAGUGCUCUUCCCCAUUGCUGUCCAAGGAGAGCGAGCGCUUAAGCUGCUGCAGAGGCAGAACCAAGACGUGCCAACGGCAGACUGGACAGUUCUGCAUGCUGGUAACCCAUUACCCAGUGAGGGGGGCCAGCAUGUGAUCCUCCAGAUCAGCAAGGAGGCAGAGGACCUGCUGUAUCCCAAGUUCGGGAAAAUGGCGUGGGGCGUAGGUAGUGUAUACCUGCGUCUUAAAAAGCGCCACCCCGAAGACAAAGAUGCGCACACCCUGCAGGCAGGCGAGGUCGAGAAAGACCUAGGUCUGGAGACCAUAGUGGCGGCCGCCCAUUGUCUUGCGCUGGACGACUCGGAGGAAGAGGAGGACGAUGACCUGACAAUUAUAGUCAACCCGUCGUGUGAGGAUGAGGGUGUGAGUUAGCCACCCAUGACACUAAGGGUGCUGCAGCUCAACCUUCCUAAGGCAAAAUAGCAUCGGCGGAGCUCCCCAUUGCCAUGGAGCAAGGGCCCGCUGACAUAACUUUAGCCGGACUUAAGUCCUCAAAUUACAACCUACUCUACUCAAUAUCGUACGGAUGACCUAACGGUAGUAAUGCUGGAGAGUAAGGAAAAGCGCCUUCUGGCAGCUCCUGCUACAUGGCACACGACAGGCCCGCAUCACCGGACUGGUGACAGAAGCCUGUAAUAUUCGACGCUUGUCGUGCCUUAUUUAUUGGAAAUAUCAACUCCGAAAUAACAGCCUAAAACUAGGCCGUAACAGAAUUCGAGCUUAAGAUCUGGUGAGCUUUGAUAAAGCUUAUCAACAUAUGUUUUGCGAUCGAGUGGCAACACUUUAAUAUGCAAUGUUUCUGCUUUGCAGCAUAUUUUAUUAAAUAUUGCUGUGCCUGCAUUUGGUAUAACAGAAAAAGACCAUAGAAAGUGUGAAAACCACGUGGGUUGCAGUACUUAAUAGUCCCAGCCUCUUUCUUUUUCUCCUCGUGGCCGUCAUCGUGACCGGUAGUGAAAAUAUAUACGCUUAAGGCCGGCUCAGUGUCCAUUCCAAGGUCAAGCCAAAGUCAAGAUUCCUACCAGGGCAAAGUGUUAGCUCCACGCCGUGGACGGAGAAAAUAUAUAUCGCCAAUACAUUGGCAGCCGUUCGACCAUCUGGAAAACGAGCGCCCCAGUGUGGUAAAAUUUUUCUCAAAUAGUGGUGCAAUUCUGUUGAGGUAAUUAUCCACCCAGCUGCAGCGACCCGUUGAAAAAUGUUCUGUUCUUUCCGCUUAGGAUUAGCACCACUAGUACCUACGUACUGAAAAGCUGGUCGAGAAGUUGCGGAUUGGGUAUUCCCGGAGACCUCUAUUGGUCACGUGCCCGUACCACCGUACCACCGGUUGAACCCCACCGUUCGACACUCGGAUGAGGCGGUAGCCGAGGGCAUCGAAUUGCUCCUCCGAUAAACCAGAUGGGUGUGAUCUGUACUUUUCACCUGGACAAGUUCGACCAAUGGGGAUGCUCUGAGUGACUCUUCAAAUACACCAGUCGCCCCACGAUCGAUCCAUAUGUGCCAGCGUACAUAACCUCACGCAGUAGAUGGACAGCGGUCAUUGACCCCUGGCCUCGGCAGCAGCAGAUGUGACCUGCGGCUGGUACAAUCUUGGGCCACCUUCAGACCUCGAGUAGAAACUCGGUCUCCAGCCGGGAAGCAUCGAACCCGCCUCGGAUUUAGUUUUUCGUUAUAUCUUUCUUUCGAAAUUAUACCCGAUAUGCGAAACCCUGUUAUAUAAACCUGUUUCGGUAUAAACGAAAUGGGUAUUCCUGUCCAGGGUCUAAGUCGGACAUGCAACAAAUGAGUAGUGUAUUAAUAUCGAUUAUUCUUACAGUUUUUGAUUUCGGUUGCCCCGCAUUCAUCUCAUCAUCUAUGCAGCUAAUCUUCACAAUCACACACAUCAUCAUACUCAUCCACCCAUCAAAUCACCUCAUCCAACACACCACGAAAGAUCUUUCUGCGUUAUUAUUCAAAGUUAUUAUUCGUCUCGUCAGUGAUUAUCAUGAAACAAGUAAGCCAUAUGAAAAACAUGACUGUGUGGUAACUAUUCGUUGGUCUUCAACCGUGAUCAUGGUCUUAUACACGUAUUACUCAUGCUCUUGGUCGAUUCUCCAUAUACCCGGUUUUUGUCUGGUUUUGCACGGACCAAGUUAAAUUAAUAAAGUUUAAAGUUUUAGUGUUCCUAUAAUGAACACGUAAUCUAGUUCUUGCACAUAUCUAAACAUACUCAUAACCAUUUUUAUAUAUUUAAAUAUAUCAUUAUACCCUACCUCGCCCAUAUGAUACUCUUUCCCCCCGCAUAUUCUGUAUAGUAAUACCCUGUAAAUGAAAGAAAAUUUCGAAUAUCAUGAGUAUAUUAGGGUAUAGGUUCUAUUUUAGGUUAAGUUUAAUAGGAAAGUAGAUGAAUAUUCAUGGAUUGCUUAAAUAAAAUUGGUUUUUGAAAUGAAACAAGACUAAAUAGACUAUAUCGGAACCAUGCAGCGUCGUUUGAAGGAGAUGUGACCCACCGCAGUCUUUGUUGGAGGGAUCCUGACGAUUAAUAGGUGGCCCUGAAGGAUCAUGGUAGGGUGGGCGUUCUCGCCAAUGGGCGAUACCGCAGCCAACAAAGAGCUGACGGGUGAUAUUCUUC